UUUGCAGUCGUGUCCUUUUUAGACAAGCGUCAGCUUUGUGGGGUCUCUUCUCAAGUUUUUACCAAAUACACACGGAUUGUCUGCUGUUCAUUUGACGUGGACAUCGGCUUGAAGAAAGAAAGGUUCUAAGUUUCACCUCGCAUCAGGAAAAAAUAAUACAAAAUGCCUGGACCAGCAGCAAGUGCAACUAAUGUUGGGGCAUCCAGCCGAUCCCCAAGUAAGACGGUGGCCCCCCGUGCAGCAGGCUCCACAGUCAGACAGAGAAAAGCUACCAGCAGCGGUACACGCAGUGCUGGCAGGACCACGGGAUCUGCAGGUACAGGUGGCAUGUGGCGCUUCUACACAGAAGACUCGCCAGGCCUCAAAGUCGGCCCGGUUCCGGUGCUGGUGAUGAGUUUGCUCUUCAUCGCUUCGGUCUUCAUGCUGCACAUCUGGGGGAAAUACACGCGCUCCUAAACUCUGCCUGAUGACCUCUGACCCUGCGGCUUGGCUUCGUAACACAUUGGACCUGGACCAAACGACAAAUGAACAACAUCAACAACCACCUUACUCCCCUGGUUCCCUUCUGCAUCACUACAACAAACAACUUGAUUUAAAUUUUUCGUAUGCAACCGAUUCAGUACAUGAUCUUCAUCUGCACAGAUGUUGGUAUCCAACUUGUUGCUUCUGCGCUUCCUUUGGUUUUAACAUCUGAAGGGGGGAACGGGAGGAAGCCAUGCAAGCCCACCACUUGUCGUGUGUUGGUGGCUCCCACUCCGAGCAGCGUGUUCCUGCCACUGCUGCCUGGUGUAGUGCAGUACACAAGGACAUUAUUGUUUUUCUGUCCCAGCAAACGGUUGUCCUUUGCAGCUGGAAUUUCAUUUUUUUUUUUUUUUUCAUAACAGCAUUUGUACAAAUGUAAUUGUAAUAUUGUACAAUUAAAAAAGAAGAAAAAAAAGUCUUGCGAUUUACAUGCAUACAUAGUUUUGUGUUUAAAUGAAAAAUUAUGUUCCCCAAAAAAAAAAAAAAUGUUAGUACAAGUGUUUACAUUCUCACUGUUUCAAUGCUGAAGCAAUGCCACGGAGGAUUAUUGAGAUAACUGAUGAAACGUUGUGUUCGUUUUCAGUGUGAUUGACAUGUCACCAAAUGCUUAGCGGGCUUCAACACAUUAAAGUUACCCUCAACAUAUUUCACCAAAAUUAAAUUUACCUCUUAAUUCCCCUUUUAGUAUUUCCAAUCAUAAGUCACCUAUAACGCAAUUGUAUAAUCUUUUAAAUAGUGUUAAAUAUAUCAUUUGAUGAGGGUGCCUCCUUGUUUCCUAAACCUUUUUCACCACACAUACAUUAAACCAUCUGCUUCUAAACGAG